CGGAGAAACUUGAGGAUCUUCAUUUGUUUUACCUCUCACGCGCUCGUGUUUACGUGAGUCGUCAGUUCAGUUCCCCUCUUCCUUAUCCACUGGAAGUCGUAGAAACAUCCCACCCCUAAUUUUAUCGAAAUUACGAAGAUGCUAGAUGGGCAAUCUCGUAAAUAAGAAUAAAUCCGAGACCACUUUAUGAAUCCUCUCUUACUGAAACCACCGUCCACACCAGAGAGAUAACGCAGCAAUCUUCCAUGGCGUCUCCCGCGCUUUUGCAGUCUAAUGCGUCCUCGUUUCACGGUCAGUUCCCACUUGCCUCAUCUCCCUUCUCUGUGCGUCUCCCGUACGGAAACCCUAGAAAUGGAUGUGGGUUUUCAGUGAAGGCUUCGUCUGAGAUUGUAUUGGUGGAGAAAUCUGAAGCGGUGAAGACUAAUCGACUCAAAACCACCUACCUUGAGAAGAUAGUUCCAUUGCUCAAGGAGGAGUUCUCCUAUCAGAACAUGCAUGAGGUUCCAAAGAUCGAAAAGAUUGUUCUGAACUGUGGUAUUGGAGAUGCUUCACAGAAUGCAAAGGGUUUAGAAGCAGCCAUGAACGAGCUGGCUCUUAUUGCAGGGCAGAGACCUGUAAAGACACGUGCAAGGGCAUCCAUUGCCACCUUCAAGCUCAGGGAAGGUCAGCCUGUUGGGAUUGCUGUCACACUUAGAGGAAAUAUGAUGUACUCAUUUCUGGAUCGGCUCAUCAACUUGGGGCUUCCCAGAACAAGGGAUUUCCAGGGUGUGAAUCCAAACAGCUUUGAUGGGCAUGGGAACUACAGCAUUGGCAUGAAGGAUCAGAGUGUGUUCCCAGAGAUCCGGUUUGAUAUUCUUGGUAGAGCAAGGGGAAUGGAUGUCUGUAUAACGACCACUGCUAAAACAGAUAAAGAAGGGCAGCAGCUACUGGCUCUCAUGGGGAUGCCCUUCAGAGAAGGCGGCGGCUCCACUGUCAUGCAGAGGAAGAAGAAGCUCAAGGCCCAUCAUUUUGAUUCCAAAUCAAAGGGAAGGGCCAGGAGAUAAGAACUUAUCCUUUCUCUAUGGACCCAGAGUUUCUUGUUCCCUUCUCCUUGUUUGUCUUCAUGUUUCAAAUCCAAUGUAUUGCCAUUUUACAUUGAUAUUAUUUCAGAAGUCUCUCUUCCAUAUUUUGCAGUUUUGCAUCUUCUGAAAAGUAUAAGUAGUAUGUCUAAUUGGAAACGUAUUUCAGAGAGUUAUUUAAGGGGGGGAAACAAGUGGGUUUAUACUUUA